AUGGUUGGUGAAAAGCUCUUGUCUUUGGUCCAAUUGGAGUUCGGCAUGCUACCGGAAAAAAGGAACAAAACCCCCCGAGACCAGAUUCGUCUUCUCUGCAAAAUCGAGACGCUGUCGGAAUCGCAUCUUCUUCUUCGUAUUCAAUCCACCAUCAGUAGUCGAAAAUCAAGAAAGAUGGUGGUGGUGUCGCCAAAAAUAGCUCCGUCAAUGCUGUCUUCGGACUUUGCAAAUCUAGCUGCAGAGGCUAAGCGGAUGGACGGGUAA